AUGACAUUAGAAUUUGCACUUAAUCAAGCAUUUAAAUUAAAAAAUUAUAAAACUGCAACAAGCUUUGCCAAACGUUUAUUGAAAUUGGAAUCAGCCCCUGAUACACGAAGAGUAUUAAAUGUUUGUGAAAAAAAUCCAAUUAAUAAACAUCCAUUAAAUUAUGAUGAAUAUAAUCCAUUUAAUAUUUGUGCUGCAUCCUAUGUACCACAUCUAUCGUGA